AGUGCGCUUCUUUCAGUUCUCAGCAUUUAAAAAAAAGAAAAGAAAAAAAGAAUGGAUUUAUGAUUUUGUUUUUUGUAAACUUUUAAGUAAGAAGAAUUUUGGUAGCUGCUCUGUAACUUUCCGAACACUCGGCGGUCCAUGGAAAGGCGUGCAGGUCGGACGUGAUGCUUCAGGAUUUAAGCGCCAGUGUCCUCUUUCCGCCGUGUCUGCAGCAUCGAACUUUUGCUCAAGUUCCCGACAAUGAUGAGCAGUUUGUCCCGGACUUCCAGAGCGAAAACUUGGCUCUCCACGGCCUCCAGCUGAAGAUCAAGAGAGAGCUGCACAGCCCCUGUCUGGAGCUGAGCUCAGCCUGCAGCCAGGAGCGCCCGCUAAGGCUUCAGUAUGGAGACAAGUGUCCCUACAGCAGUGCCUAUGAGCAGAAGCAGCCCACAGGAAUGAAGCCCUCCAGCCCAGUGACUCCCCCCUGCAGCACCCCCGUGUCCCCCCUGCACCAUGGCUCCCCCAACCCCACCGACAGGAGCUACAGCAGCCACGUGCCAGCCUCACAGCCUCUGCCCGACAGCGCCUACGCCAUGGACCACCGAUUCCGUCGGCAGCUUUCGGAGCCAUGCCACUCGUUCCCCUCUCCCCCUGCCCUGGCCCGGGACAGCAGACCCAUGUACCACCGGCAGCUGUCGGAGCCCAGCAUCCCCUUCCCCCCACAGGGCUUCAAGCAGGAGUACCAGGACCCUCUGUUUGAGCACCCGGCCAUGAUGGGGGCUCCUCUGCCGCACGGAUACCCCCCCUCCAUGAUGAUCAAGCAGGAGCCCCGGGACUUCACCUACGACUCAGCAGAAGUACCUAGUUGUCACUCGGUCUACCUACGGCAAGAUGGCUAUCUGGCUCACGCUAAUAGGACAGAAGAUCAGUCAGGACUAAACCCUGUCCUUUAUCAUGAACUGCACCAGGGAAAAAAAGCAACACGUCUAAAUCAGGACAAAACCAGUUCUAAAGUGGCACAAACUCAAGGCAUCAUCAAACUGCACCACAGGUGCAUGUUCGACAAAGUAGCGAGACAUUUCUAUGACGAUACAUGUGUGGUGCCAGAGAAGGUGGAGGGGGACGUGAAGCAGGAGUCAGGCUUGUACCGUGAGGGCCCUUCGUACCAGCGCCGCGGCUCUCUGCAGCUCUGGCAGUUCCUGGUGGCUCUGCUUGACGACCCCGCCAACUCACACUUCAUCGCCUGGACCGGCCGCGGCAUGGAGUUCAAACUGAUCGAACCUGAGGAGGUGGCGCGGCGGUGGGGCAUCCAGAAGAACAGGCCGGCCAUGAACUACGACAAGCUGAGCCGCUCUCUGCGCUACUACUACGAGAAGGGCAUCAUGCAGAAGGUGGCCGGUGAGAGAUACGUGUACAAGUUCGUGUGCGACCCCGAGGCCUUGUUCUCCAUGGCCUUCCCCGACAAUCAGCGUCCCGUGCUGAAGACGGACGCAGAGAGACAGAUCAACGAGGAAGACACCGUCCCCCUGUCCCACUUCGACGAGAGCCUGGCCUAUGUGCAGGACGCGCCCUACUGCCCCCCACACCCCUACAGUGAGGGCUACGUCUACUGAUGCCACGCCCCCAGGACACGCCCCCAGGACACGCCCUUCAUGACACGCUCCAGGAUACGCCCACAUGACACGCCCCCAUGCACUUAGACUGUCUCUGCGGGGCUGUGUACAUGUGCGUAUCAUGGGGGUCGGAUAAGGAGAAUAAGGCUGAGGCAGGACUCUAAUAUCGCCAGGACUCUUACAUUAUAGACUCUGAUUUCCUGCCGGCGCCACAGGAAACGCACAACAAACUUCACCUUUCAUUUUGUCAGUCCAUGCUCAUGUAAAGUCGGCCUGGCUAGUUCUACACCCGUCUCAUUGGGUUCUGUUGAGCAGUGGUUCCCAAACUGUGGUACGGGCACUCCCGGUGGUGUCAGAGCGACCCAAGGGAAAGAGUACGCAAGGACAGUUUUCAAAAGACAAAAAAUGCCAUGUUGUAUUUAUUUGAAGAUGAAGAUUUUUGUUAUUAUCAUUUGUGAAACGUGGUUCAUGUUAAUAAAAAAGA